AUGCCAGUUAAUGCAUACCUUGGUGCAUUGUACAAAUCAUAUGACUUGAAUACCAAGGCAGAAAAUGCUUUGCGCAUGUUUAUUCAACAACAUGAUGGUACAACAGAGGUGCAACCUUUGAAUGCCGUCCAGGUCCAUCCGAAUCAACCAAAAUUGGGAAAUCAACUUCCUGAAGAUACAAUGGACAUUAAUGUAUAA